AUGGCCGCCGACCUAGGAGAUGAACAGAAAUCGCAGGAUGCCUCCAUCGCCACCUUCGUCUCUGCCCUGCUCUUCAAUGGAGCCGUCGGUAUCGCCAUCUACUUUGCCUUCUCCAUCAUCCGCAACUGGAACAAGCGCGUCUACCAGCCCCGAACCUAUCUCGUCAACGAAGAGAUACGGUCACCGGAACUUGAGGGUGGGUUACUGAAAUGGAUCAAUGCGUCGAUCAGAGUCCAUGACAAUCAGCUCGUCGACCGUAUUGGUCUCGAUGCCUACGUGUUCCUCCGCUUCCUUCGCAUGUCUGCUAUCUUGUUCUCGGGAUUCACAUUGAUCGGAAUCCCCAUCCUCAUCCCCUUGAACGUGAUCAACGGAGUCGAUUCACGGCCUGGGGAGGAUGGUCAGUUACCGAACCAGACCCCCAGUCUGACACGACUCGCCAUCGGUAACAUUGCCGAUGGUUGGCGUCUCUGGUUCCAUCUCGCCUUGACUGCCCUUUUCUCAGGAGCGACGAUUUACAUGUUGUGGAUGGAGAUGCAAGAGUACACCCGUCGUCGUCACGCCUACUUGAUGAGCGAAAAGCACGCCAAGACACCCCAGUCAACCACCAUCCUCGUCACCGCCAUCCCCAAAGGUCUCAACACCGAAAAGGCCCUCUUUGAAAUCUUCAACCGUUUCCCCGGAGGCGUUCGCUCGAUCUGGCUCAACAAGAACCCCAGCGAACUCAUCAAACUGUGCGAGGAGCGCGACGAAAUUGCCCUCAAACUGGAGGCAGCCGAGUACAAUUUCGUCCAGUCUGCCUACAACCAAAAGAAGAAGAAGGAUGUGGACACCAACGAACCCGUGCGCCCCAUCGGCAGGACCUCGGCCGUGCCUUUUGUCGGACCCAAGGUCGAUCUGAUUGAAUUCUACAGUCAACGGCUCUCAGAGCUCAACCGUCUGAUUACCGAGGGCCGCAACGCUGGCGCCUCUUCAACCCUCAAUUCGGCCUUCAUCCGUUUCCACAAUCAGUUUGCUGCCCACUCUGCUGUCCAAACCGUCGUCCACCCAACACCCUUCCGCAUGGCACCCAUGUUUGUCGAAGUCUCGCCUCUUGACGUUGUCUGGGAGCAUCUCAACCUUGACACCGUCAAUAAAAAAGGUCGCCACAUGAUUGCCACGGCCGCCGCGUCGGCGUUGAUCCUCCUCUGGACCUUCCCCGUCCUGUUUGUCACCGGUAUUGCAAACCUCGACGCCCUCAUCAAGUUACUGCCUUUCCUCAAAUUUUUGAAUGAUCUGCCCACUUCCAUCAUCGGUAUCAUCCAGGGUAUCUUGCCCCCCUUGUUCUUGGCUAUCCUCAUGGCCGUGCUCCCUAUUAUCCUGACCGCAAUGUCCAGGUUUGAAGGACACGUCCGCCAGAGCGCGAUCACUUUGGCUGUCAUGAAGAAGUACUACUUUUUCCUGAUCGUCAACGUCCUCCUUUUGACGAGUCUCGGAAACGGUGUGAUCCCAACCCUCCAGAAGCUCAUCAAGCCCGCAGGCGGUAAUGGAAUCCAGUUCAGUCCCAUGGAUGUCAUCACGAUUCUUGCCCAGACUUUGCCCGCCGCCUCAACUUUCUUUGUCACCUACGCCCUUCUCCAAGGUCUUACUGGUCCCGCGAAGGAGCUUCUUCAGAUCGCCCCUUUGGUCCUCAACUAUCUGUUCACCAAGGUUCUUGCCAAGAGCCCCCGCCAGAUCUGGAACGUCCAAGGCAGACUCAGCUCGGUCAACUAUGGAACUCUGUUCCCUCCCCAAGUACUGAUGUUCUCCAUCGGCAUGCUCUACUCGACUAUUGCGCCUAUCAUCCUACCAGUCGUCGCCUUUUACUUUACCAUGUUCUACUUUGUCUACCGCCACCAGUUCCUUUACGUCUACUACACACCUGUCGAAACUGGCGGUCUUGCCUUCCCCGUCGCGGUCAAGCAAACAUUCACAGGAAUCUUUAUCUUCCAGACCACCAUCUUUGGCAUCUUUUUGUUGAAGCAGUCAGAGCUGGACGUCAUCCCUCAGCUGGUCAUCCUUCUCCUCCUGAUCUUCGUCACUGCCAUGUUGUUUUCCAACUUGAAGGAGGCCUUUGACCCCCUUGUCACCUUCCUCCCUGUUGCGUUGUUCUCCAAGGACUUGAAGGUCAACAGAGCUGGAUAUGUCACGGACGGAAGCGAGGAGAAGCCAGCUCCAGGAGAGACAAACGACGAGGAGUUGGCUGGCGACGGCGAAAGUGGACAUGCUCUGGCAAUGACCUACCUCCCCCGUAUCAACGAGCCCACCGAUGAGAAGGCUCAUCUCGGAGAGAAGCAGGAAUACGACGAGGCUGCUACGGUGUCUUCGCAGCUCCCUGGUGUCCCUACGCCCAACCCUUCGCUCCACGGUGCUGCCGCCUCAGGCCUUAGCCAGACUACCUCUCAGCAGCAGAAGCAAAUGCAGAUGCAUCAGGAUAUGCUGCCCGAGGAGCCAGUGUCGGCCGAGGAAGCAGAGUUGCUCCGUCUUCAGGAGCAGGCCUACUGCCACCCAUCGAUCUACAGCCAACAGGUGCCCAUCUGGCUGCCCCGUGACGAGCGCGGAUUGGUCGAUGAGGAGAUUAUUCGCUUGUCGGCUAUGGGCGUUAUUGUGGCGACGACGGGUGCUGACAUGGACCCCGCGACGGGCAAGACCCAUGUCUCUGGCAUCAUUUUCGCCCCUGGUGAAGAAACCCGCUACCGCCUCGAGCGCGGCAUGUAA